GUGUGACUGAUGUGUACACAAAUACGUUCGGGGCGGAGCUUUAUGAAAGAUUAUUACAGUUGAAUUCUGUCACCGUUUAAAAAGUCAAGAUUUGUGGAGCUAACAAGGUCGUACCGGUAAAAUCUUUACAAGCCGUGCUUACACAUGAGGACCGACUAAUUGAUCGUUAUCAGGGGGAGGGCGAGCAUUAUUGACGUCUAACGGAGGAAAAGACUCGAUGAAAAGGCCUCAAUUAAUAAUUUUCGCUUUUCAACGAACGCAGUGUAUACAUCGUUUAGUUUGGAUUAACGUCAAUACAACGAGUUUACGAGUUUUUAUAUUAUUCUCACAGUGAAUCUUGUGAAACAUUCUGGUAGUUAGUUUUUUUAUUGACAAAUAUGCAGGCUCAGUGAAAAAAAUAUAUAUAUGUUGUGUUUAAACACUCUAUUACAGUGGAAAUUCACCUACAACUAGAUUAUUAACAUAGUAUGGUAUAUGUAGGGUAUGAAGGUGUUAGAUAUGUACUAUAACAGUGUAUAUUUAUCUGAAAACUGGAUUUACAAUUGUAUAUAAGAUAGCGCAAGGAUGGCAGUAGACGUAAAACAUCUGUAGCGUGUGGUAAAACUCAGACGAACAUUGGAGUCGCUUGCAAACGUUAUUUCUGUGUGUGAUAUAGCAGAUCUGGCUAGUAGGAAUGGCUUGAGUGACAUGAGUGUGUUUAUGUCCUCUGUGCCAAUUCCUUGAAUAUUUAUAAUUCUUAAUUCCUGAGCUACCCCUGCUGGAAAUGUAUGUAUAGAUCUUCCUGUCAGAUGUUGGUGCUUCUCACGGAAACAGCGAGAAACCAGCCAAGCAUAAGGAUAAAAGACAGAAAAUAGCACGUAUAUCGCCGUAUGAGAAACAGAAACACUAAGGAUAUAGAACAACCGGGACUGCUAUGAGUUUGUCCUGGUGUUGAAGGACAGAUGAUGGAUUUACGCUAAGAUAAGAAUAUUGAUACAACAAAAUUAUCUCAGACGAAGAAAACAUAUUGACGAACAGAAGGUAAAUUUAUCUAGAAGUGAAAGAAAAACGAAGAGAAGUGAUACAGCAGUUUGUUUGACGGAAAAAACACGGGAAAAGAGUAUGUUGGAUUUUCCUACAAUCAAAAAUAUGUCCGGGACGUAAUGUAAUUCCGGAAUGUAAGGAUGCGACUUGACAUUUGGAAGCGACACUUGGUGGCCGCAGUGGGAAUCCUUGUGACUGUUGUCCUGUUAGGACAGCUACUGUGGAUGGUAGCAAUACCGGGAAACGAUAUCUACAAAGAAGAUGACGUAGAGCUGCGGCGUCUCGUUAGAUCUCUCAGUAGUCUGGAAAAGGAGAGACAGAUAUCGGAGGACUCGAAACAUGAAGUUGAUCGACGAACAGUCUACUCAAAAGUGCCAUGGCUUCAAAGACACUCCGACAAAUUCUUGCCAAAUGUAUAUCUGAGAAAAUCCCCCAAGCCUGUAAUACAAGAUUCUGCCAUAGUGUUUCUCCAGCAGGAAUUUGCCACGUCAGAUUCACUACUUCAUACUUGUUUGUCAAAUAUAUCAUAUGAUAACGAUCUGUCCAUGUCACCGGUAAUGCACGUGCAAAACCGGUUGUUGUGGGAAUCAGGAACAAAAGAUUCCGUUUCAUUCAAAGAACGAAUAAAGGUGCAUCGUGGCCCUUACUCGUUUGGUGCUUGUGAUAAAAUUAACAUUAAAUGUGCCCAUUUUAUUAUGAUGCAUGAUCCAUUUGAGAUAGCAACGUCUGGAUAUGAAUUUUGCAAAGCAAAUCCAUUUCAUGAAAAAUGUACUGUAUUUCAAUCAAAGUCUGUUUCCCUAAGGGAGUGGAUACUCCUACAGAAAGGUGCUCUAUUGUAUCAAUUACUGUUUUCUCCAGAAAUGUGUUCGUAUGACAAAUCAAAACAGUUGAAAUAUCUCCAUAUAUCACAAAUGAAUUCCACUCUUCGUGAUCAAGAUCAGAAGAAUCCUUGCUGGUAUAGACAGAAACUGUUGUUAGGUCAAGCGUUAAGUGACACAGACAUCGGUCAUAUCACAGACUACAUUGUCAGCCAUCUUUCUGAAUGGUUCGCUGUGAUCGGUCUCGGUACUGAUGUAGAUAAUAGUUUGUUAAUGUUUGAAAAAGCAUUUGAACUUCCCUUCACCAAGUGCAAUCAACGAAACAACAACAAUGGCGAUGAUUCAAGCUACAAUCAAAGUUAUAACAAAGAUAAUCAAGUUGUAUCAGAGGCAGAUGAUACGCCUGACGAAGAUGACGACAUGGAAGAUGACAUGAUAGAUUUGAGAGAUGAUUACCGUGUUCAGGAAGCAUUGCUUCCAGAUUUAAAGAUUUAUAGAGAAGCUAAACGAUUAUUUCAUAUCCAGCAACAAAUCCUUCUAAAUAGAUUAUAGUAAAACAUUGUCUAUUUGUUUUCUGAACAGUUUUUAAUUAGAUAUGAAAUUUAAUAGUUUACAUUAAUCUUUUUACUGUCAACAAUUUGUCGUUGUUCUAGAAUCAUCAGAUAUAUGGAAAUUACGAAAUUUACUUAAUUAUAGGGCCGGUGCGCCUCCCCAUCUAGAUUUUGACUUUUCUUUCGAUCACUUUAGAUUUUCCUCAGUCGUCUCAUAGGCUUCAACAUUUAUACCCUUAGUAUCACUGUCGAAUCCUAGAGGGACGGAACAGCCGUAUGAUGUAAUAUCACUGUCGAAUCCUAGAGGGACGAAACAGCCGUAUGAUGUAAUAUCACUGCCGAAUCCUAGAGGGACGAAACAGCCGUAUGAUGUAAUAUCACUGCCGAAUCCUAGAGGGACGAAACAGCCGUAUGAUGUAGUUUAAUUCAUUGUUUGGCUCCACUGUAUCUAAUUCUCAAAGAUGAUAUUCACUUGUGUGUCAAUUUUCAAAAUUAUAUUUGAUAUCCGUUGCAUUUUAUGUCGUUUCCUGAAAACCAAUGCGCACCUAAACAAAAUUGCUAAACGAACUUUAUUGAAAUUUACUCAACAACGUGUGCGAAAGGAUAAUCAAAAGUUAGAAUUAUAUACAUUUACAAAAGACACCAAGGUGCAUUUGAUGAAAUAUUUCAAAUAAUUCGACUUACAAAGUGUACAUUUGGAAAAACGAAAAUAGUUUUGAAUUAUUUGAUGAUAAUUCCAUCAAACUAUUCGAUAGACAAAAAUAAAUAAAUAAAUAAAUAAAUAAAUUAAUUAAUUAAUUAAUUAAUAAAUAAAUAAAUAAAUAAAUAAAAGUUUACAAAACCCAGCACUUGUUAAGCACUUCCGAAAUAAAGUGAGACAUUAAACUGUAUAUCAUGACAAGUUUUGAACAUUUUAAAGUAAAAAGUUUGGUGUAAACUAUCGAUGAUAGUAUGUGUGAAUGUGUUGCCCUGUUUUAAAUGACGUCAUUAGCGUUUAGAGAUCGAAUCUGGAACGGAAGAUGGUGAUAGACUUAAAGAGACACUGGAUGAUUAAAGGACGAAAGGAAGAAUAUUUGACUAUUUGAUUGGAGAAAAUGUUUUAUAUUUAUAUCGAAUGAUUGAUUGAAAUGCGUGUGAAUAAAUAAUGAAUUAUUUAAUAUUAAA